AUGGCAGAUUUUAGACGUCAGAGAUCAGCGCCAAGAGACUUUCUAGAUGUGACAGAUGUUGCCACCUUCGAGACAAACUCAUCGUAUUUUAACAAUAUGGACUAUUUCUCCAGCAAAAAAGAAGAAGCGAAUUGCAGCAGGCAGUGAAGUAAUCACUGCCGGACAAGGCAAAGGCACCUUCCAAGACUCAAGUGAUGAAGACCAGGACGACGAUCAGAUCUCUUUACACGAUGAGUCUGAAGGUAGCGAUUUUGUAGACCAGAUUUAGUUAGAAGACGAUGAUAAGGAGGAACUAUUUCUUGGUUCUCCGCCUGAAUUUUCUGUGGGAGACUGGGUUCUGGUGGCUUUCAAAAGCCAAAGUCGGGACAAAAAUGACAUUUUAUAUAUAGGCCACGUGAUUUCUCUCACUGAUACCCAGAUGAAGUUCCUGAGGAAUAAAACAAAGUGCUGUGUCUUUCCUCAGAUGGAAGACACA